AUGGCCAAGGAUCUCGCAUCAGGAAUACAGCUAACGGAUGAGCUGCGGGCAAACGGCUUGGCUUGCGCCCAAGGGACGCAGACCAAGAACCCGCAGUCUCGAAGGGACACUGGAAGAAACGAACCGAUCGACGUGAUUGGAGGAGUUAUAGGCUCCGACUUGAAGGGAACGAUGACUCCACGGGACAGGUUGGGCAACCGCUACAUGGUGAAUUUUAUCGAUCAUCGGACAAACUACUGUCGCGUUUUCUUGGCAAAGUCCAAGGAUGUCGCAGCUCAGAAGCUCAAGCACUUCACGGUUUUUUUCGAGCGACAAUUCAAUUGUCGCAUUCACGUUUUAAGGACGGACGGUAAAGGAGAAUACAAGACUUUGGAGCUAUUCUACAAGGACACUGGCAUUGCGCGCCAGGUGAGCGGGCCACGUAAUCAAGCAAGUAACGGAAAAGCGGAGCGAAUGCACCGCACCAUUAUGAACAUGGUGCGGAGCUUGCUAUUUGCUUGUUGGAUACCGUUAAGCUUCUGGGGAGACGCCGCGGAAUAUGCGGUGUAA